CUUUAGGUGCAAAAUUAAAAUUAUCUGAUCCAUCAAUGGCGUCACAGCAGGAAAGGCAAGAGCUGGAUGAUAGAGCUAGGCAAGGGGAGACGGUGGUCCCGGGCGGCACGGGCGGGAAGAGCCUGGAAGCGCAAGAGCAUCUGGCGGAGGGGAGAAGCCGAGGAGGGCAGACGAGAAAAGAGCAGCUGGGAACGCAAGGGUAUCAGGAGAUGGGGAGCAAAGGAGGGCAAACCAGGAAGGAUCAGUUGGGUAAAGAAGGGUACCAGGAAAUGGGGCGCAAAGGUGGUCUCAGCACCAUGGACAAGUCCGGCGGCCAACGCGCCGCCGAGGAAGGCAUCCAUAUCGACGAAUCCAAGUUCAAGACCCAUCGUGCUUAAUUUAAACAUUCACUACAAUAUAAUAAUAUAAUAUAAUGUGUUUGUUUUGGUUUAUGUUUAUCUAGUUGU